AUGGGUUGCUGUAUCAGCAGUACCCCAAAAGAUGACCAAAAUACCCUCAAAAACCAAGAAAAUGCCAUGCAAGAAGCCAAAUGCAGAGUUCCACAACCACCACAGCCACAAUCAAAAUCACCACCACUUCCUGUUCCUGUUGAAGAAGAGUCUGUGAAAGAAGUUCUGUCUGAAACUGAAACACCCAUUUCAAAACCCCAAAAAGUUUCAACUUUGACACAAGAAACAAAGACCCAAAUGCACAAUAUGGAGAUUACUGAAGAACCCAUCAUGAACAAAGCAUUUGAAAAACCCUCUGAAGUUUCUCUCCUUUCAGAAACAUGCAGUGUCGGCGAGAGUUUCUCCACCACUACCACUACCACCACCGUGCCGGAAUCGAGAGAAGAUGAAGUUACAAGCAAGCGAAGAAUCAGAGAAGGAACUCGAAAUCGGAAUCGAAAUCAACAUCGAAAUCACUCUGAUGUAUCAAGGAAACAUUCUUACACAGUUGAGAGGAACAGAAUCGGAGGGAGAGAACGAUGCCGGCCCAAAUCACCGGCGAGGGUACCCGAGUUUCCACCGGAGAAGAAGAUUUUAGUGAGUGCAGGAUCGGUUCGCCGGAGGGAGUUUCCCGAAAAAGUCCGCCGUGAUCCCGGCGAAAGUGUCCGCCGGAGAUCGAGGUCGCCGUCGUGUCACAGGACGGUUGGCAGCAGUCAUAAUCGGAGUGAGCUCAGGCAGACAGAUAGAGCCGGACGGAAGUUACUGUCGCCGGGUAAGUGUGAAACUGAGGAUACACACGACGGCGUUUUAAUGGAGGAGUCAAUUAUGAAUCCGCAUGUUUCUUUGGAGUGUUUUAUUUUUCUGUAA